AAAAUUUAUAUGCAGACAAAUGUCCUUUUUUGCUUGUGAAACCUUUUUUAGCAGCCUCCCAUGUUACACAAAUGCCUUUCACACAGCCGGUUCAGCUCGGGUAAUGGUGCGACAUCGUUAGACAUUUAUUAAUUAGACUUUUUUUUAAUGCUAUUUUUUAAUCCGCCAUCUUUAGACAUUUUUUUCACAUUCUAGCAUUAAUCGGAAAAAAGUUAAACUUUUCUUUCCUAAAAAAAAAAAAUCCCAUCUACUGCUUUAUGAUUGGUUACAAUAAAAUGCUUUCUUCUGUGAUUGGUUCACAGACUGUGGCUUUUUUUUUUUUUCAGGACCUCAUCAAUAAAUAAGGGUUCAAGAGCACAGUGUUCGGCAAGUGAUUGCCCCUAGCUGAGAAGCGGCUCAUGGAUGUGAAGCUCGGUCAGGUGCCAUCCUGGCUUGGAACCAGGGACUUCACCCCUAACGGCCUCAUCGGAUCUGUCCGAAGAGGCUAUGAAAGAUAUUACAACAAGUACAUCAACGUGAAGAAAGGAGGAUUCGGUGGCAUAGCCAUGAUCCUUGCCGGUUAUGUUGUACUGAGCUAUGUUUGGGAAUAUGAUCAUAUUAAGCACGACCGCUGGAGAAAGUACCACUGAAGCUUUUUUUUUUAAGCAUCAUGGACCACCGAGACUUUUGGGCUGUCCCUGCGAGUGUGAUCAGCACACCUUUCUCUCAAUGGUUGUUGUGUAUAAAUAAAUGUAUUUGUGACCAAGAAAUAAAGUAAAAUAAAGUGA